GGAGGAGGAGGGCAAGGAGGAGGAGGAGGAGGCAGGGAGCGAGCGAGUGCUCAGGGUGAAUCAAUGGAAACCCCCUCACGAAGCCGGGAAAACACUUCAGCCGCAGCCAAAUAGCAUUGAUUAUUUUCCUUCACUUCCCUCACCGCCGUGAAUUUAUUUAUUUAUUUUUUCCAUCUCCGUCCCCGACGCCCCGGAGCGAGCGCUGGAGGGAGGGAGGAGGAGGGGAAAAAAAAAGGAAUCAACACAUCGGAGAAGUCCCUUCCAAGAGCCGCCCCCUCCCCUCCCUGCCUCGCGCUGCUCGGCGGCCGCGGUUCGACUCCCGUCCCUGCUUCCAGCUGAGGUGGUACCAGCUGUUACGCUGAAAUGAACCCCCAGCACUUCUCCGUCUACUAUGGCCACCCUUAGCUCAUCCUCCACUGCUGGCACCAUCCCCUCCCCUGGGCACGAUGCCCCGUCCCCGCCUCCGGACACCUCCUCCUCUGGCACCCCCUCUGAUCCUGUCACCAAAGAUCCCCCUCCUGCCCCCUCCAGCUCUGAGAGCAUGAGGCCCUCUGAGCCAAGGGGACAGCCCCUGGAGUCGGUCUGUGGCUUCAUCCCACCAAAGGAGAUAGGGGAACCCCAAGAAGAGCCUGGCUGUGGUCUCUUCCCACCAAAGGAUCUGGGGGUGGAAGAGGACAAGGAACCAGAGGAGGAAGAAGGGCUCCCUCCCAUGGACCUAAGCAACCACUUAUUCUUCACAGCUGGUGGUGAGGGCUACCUAGUGGCCAAGCUGUCCCUGCCAGGUGGCAGUGAAUUCCUGUUACCAAAGGGCUUCCCCUGGGGUGAGGCAGGCAUCAAGGAAGAGCCCAGCCUGCCCCUUUUUGCCCACCCACCCCCUGCACACCUCACUGCCCUUCACAUCCAACAUGGCUUUGACCCAAUCCAAGGCUUUAGCUCUUCUGACCAAAUUCUGUCCCACGAUACCUCAGUGCCACCUCCGGCCGCCUGUGAGGGAAGGGAUGGAGCCUUCUGGAACUACCAGCUGGUUCCAAAUCCACCCAGAGAUUCCAAAGAUGGCCCCAUGGAGAGCAGCAGGGGAGAGCAUGGGGCACUCUUCUGGCUCUGUCUCCUGUGCCGCCUGGGUUUCAGCAGGCCCCAGGCCUUUAUGGGCCACACACAGUCUCAUGGGGUAAAGCUAACCCCUGCUCAAUACCAGGGCCUGCCGGGCAGCCCAGCCGUGCUCCAGGAGGGGGGCGAGGGCUGCAUGGCCCUCAUGAGCUUUCUGGAACCAAAAGCCCCUGCUUGCCCCGCUUUUGAAAUACCCCUUGACAAUAGCAGCACAGUGAACAUGGAGGCGAAUGUAACCCAGGCCGAGGAUGGUCCCCCUGAGGCAGAAGUCCAGGUCCUUGCCCUGCCCCCUGAAGAAGUCAUGGCCCUGAUCCCACCCUCCCCACCCACAACCUCAGCCACCUGGGACCCCAGCCCAAUGCAAGCCAAAGAAUUGCCCAUGGCAGCAGGUGAGGCAGGGCCAGAUUGGUUCCCUGAGGGGCAAGAAGAGGAUGGAGGGCUCUGCCCCCCACUCAACCAAAGUUCACCCACCUCCAAGGAGGGGGGCACUCUCCCCACUGCAGUGGGCUCCCCCGAAGACCCAGGCGACCUACCACAGCCCUACCGCCUGGCUGAUGACUACACCCCAGCCCCUGCAGCCUUCCAGGGCCUCAGCCUGUCCAGCCACAUGUCUCUGCUACACUCGCGCAACUCCUGCAAGACACUCAAGUGUCCCAAGUGCAACUGGCACUACAAAUACCAGCAGACCCUGGAUGUGCACAUGCGGGAGAAGCACCCUGAGAGCAACAGUCACUGCAGCUACUGCAGCGCUGGAGGAGCCCACCCCCGCCUUGCCCGCGGAGAGAGCUAUAACUGUGGCUACAAGCCCUACCGCUGUGAUGUCUGCAACUACUCCACCACCACCAAGGGCAACCUCAGCAUCCACAUGCAGUCUGACAAGCACCUGGCCAACCUUCAGGGCUUCCAGGCAGGGCCCGGGGGGCAGGGCAGUCCCCCAGAGGCAUCACUCCCACCCCCCACGGGGGACAAAGAGCCCAAAACCAAAUCCUCCUGGCAGUGCAAGGUGUGCAGCUAUGAGACCAACAUCUCCCGCAACCUGCGCAUCCAUAUGACCUCCGAGAAGCACAUGCAGAACAUCCUAAUGCUGCACCAGGGGCUGCCGCUGGGCCUGCCACCUGGGCUGGUGGGGCCAGGCCCUCCUCCCCCACCAGGGGCCACCCCUGCUAACCCCCCUGACCUCUUCCAGUACUUCGGGCCCCAGGCCCUAGGGCAGCCUCAGGCUCCCUUGCCUGGGCCCGGGCUGAGGCCAGACAAGCCCCUGGAAGCCCAGCUGCUUAUCAACGGUUUCCACCACCUUGCAGCACCUGGCGGCAAGUUCCCCACACCUGCCCCUGGCAGCCUCUCCCCGGAUGCCCACCUGCCUCCAAGUCAGCUCCUGGGCUCCUCUCCCGAUGGCCUGCCCACCUCACCGCCCCCAGACGACAGCCCAUCCCUGAAGGUGUUCCGCUGCCUUGUGUGCCAGGCCUUUGGCACAGACAGCCUGGAACUGCUGCUCUACCACUGCAGCAUGGGCAGAAGCCUCCCGGAAGCCGAAUGGAAGGAGGUGGCUGGUGACACCCACCGCUGCAAGCUCUGCUGCUAUGGCACCCAGCUCAAGGCCAACUUCCAACUCCACCUCAAGACUGACAAACAUGCCCAGAAGUACCAGCUGGCAGCCCACCUGCGGGAGGGGGGUGGGGCCACUGGCACCCCCUCACUGAUGUCCCUGGGAGAUGGGGCUUCUUAUGGGUCAGUCUUCCCACUGCACCUGCGCUGCAAUAUCUGCGACUUUGAGUCCAACAGUAAGGAGAAGAUGCAGCUGCAUGCCCGGGGUGUGGCCCAUGAAGAAAAUAGCCAGCUCUAUAAGUUUCUGCUGGAGAUGGAAGGAGCAGAAGCAGGGGCAGAGCUGGGGCUGUACCGCUGCCUGUUGUGUACGUGGGAGACACCCUCCCGUUUGGCUGUGCUGCAACACCUGCGUGCACCUGCUCACCGUGACGCCCAGGCCCAGAGGCGUCUGCAGCUGCUACAGAAUGGCCCGACAGCUGAGGAAGGACACUCAGCUCUUCAGAGCAUCCUGAGCUUCAGCCAUGGGCAGCUGCGGACUCCCGGGAAGGCUUCUGUCACACCCUUAGCUGAGCCACCCAGCUCUGAAAAAGAUGCCCAGAACAAGACAGAAUCAUCGGCUUCUGAAGAUGCAGAGAACAAAACUGGCCCUUCAGGAGACAAAGCCAACCAGACCACGGUAUAUUGCUGUCCAUUCUGUAGCUUCAUGAACCCAGAGUCUGACCAGGUGAGGGUUCAUGCUCUCUCCCAGCAUGCAGUGCAGCCCAAGUACAGGUGCCCACUGUGCCAGGAGCAGCUGGUGGGCCGACCUGCCCUGCACUUCCACCUCAGCCACCUUCACAACGUGGUACCUGAGUGUGUUGAGAAGCUGCUACUUGUGGCCACAACUGUAGAGAUGACCUUUCCAACCAAAGUGCUACAAGGGCCCACUCUGAGCCCUCUGGGGGAUGGCCCAGAACCCCUGACUCCUAGGCCACAGCUUGUACCCAACAGAAACCAGGCAUCAGGAGAAGGCCCUAACCUGACCCCAGAAGCCAGUCCAGAUCCUCUUCCUGAGCCUCCUCCACCCUCAUCUGUGGCCCCAGACAAGCCCAUGGGAAGCCCCGACCAACCCCCUUCUCCAGCUCCAGCUCCAACCCCUGGGCCUGAUGCCCACACUGAAGAAAUGGCUCCCCCACCCACCAUGGCUGAGGAGGAAGAGGGGACUGUUGGGGAGACCCACCCUGCAGAGCCAGUGCCAGCUGACUCUCGCCACCCUCUGACUUAUCGGAAGACCACCAACUUUGCCCUGGACAAGUUUCUUGACCCUGCUCGGCCCUAUAAGUGCACUGUGUGUAAGGAGUCCUUCACCCAGAAGAAUAUCCUCCUGGUUCAUUAUAAUUCUGUCUCUCACCUUCAUAAGAUGAAAAAGGCUGCCAUUGACCCCUCUGGCCCUGCCCGGGGAGAGGCUGGUGCCCCAUCUACCACCACUGCUGCCACAGACAAGCCCUUUAAGUGCACUGUCUGCCGAGUCUCCUACAACCAGAGCUCCACCCUGGAGAUCCACAUGCGAUCAGUUCUGCAUCAGACUCGCUCUAGGGGGGCCAAGACUGAUGCCAAGGCUGAGGGGCCAGAGCGCAGCCAAGAAGAGCCCAAGGAAGGCGAGACCGAGGGGGAGGUGGGCGCUGAGAAGAAGGGCCCCGACCCCAGUGGCUUCAUAUCUGGAUUGCCCUUCCUGUCCCCUCCUCCCCCUCCCUUGGACCUCCACCGAUUCCCAGCACCCCUCUUCACCCCACCAGUCCUGCCCCCUUUCCCUCUGGUAUCUGAAUCACUGCUUAAGCUCCAGCAACAGCAACUGCUCCUGCCCUUCUACCUCCAUGACCUCAAGAUGGGGCCCAAGCUGGCAGUGGCUGGGCCUGCACCCGUGCUGUCCCUGCCAUCUGCUACCCCUCCUCCGCCGCCCCCACCCCCCAAGGCUGAGCUGGCUGAGCAGGAGUGGGAGCGGCCUCCUAUGGUCGAAGAGGGGAACGAGGCAGGGCCCUCUUCACCACCCCACCCAACACCCAAUGAGGCAGCCCGCACUGCAGCCAAAGCCCUUCUAGAAAACUUUGGAUUUGAGCUGGUGAUCCAGUACAAUGAAGGGAAGCAGGCUGUGCCCCCUCCUCCGGCCCCACCCCCACCUGAGACCCUUGGGGGUGGGGACAAGCUGGCUUGUGGGGCUUGUGGCAAACUUUUCUCCAAUAUGCUUAUCCUCAAAACACAUGAGGAGCAUGUCCACCGACGUUUUCUGCCCUUUGAGGCCCUGAGCCGUUAUGCUGCUCAGUUUCGAAAGAGCUAUGAUAGCCUAUACCCACCCCCUGCAGAGCCCCCCAAACCUCCCGACAGGCCUCUGGACACACCUGCUUCCCAACUGGGCCCACCCUUCCUGGCCCCAGAGCCUGAGGCUGGGGGAACCCAUUCCCCUGAGGAGAGAAGCCGGGCAGGAAGACGCUGGCCCCUAGAGGAGGAAGACAGCUCCAGAGGGAAUCUUCCUCCGCUGGUGCCUGCAGGCCGCCGGUUCUCCAGAACCAAGUUCACAGAGUUCCAGACUCAAGCCCUGCAGUCUUUCUUUGAGACCAGUGCAUACCCCAAGGAUGGAGAGGUGGAGCGGCUGGCAAGUCUCCUGGGCCUAGCCAGCCGUGUUGUGGUAGUUUGGUUCCAGAAUGCCCGCCAGAAAGCACGUAAAAAUGCCAGUGAGGGUGGGCCUGUGCCAACCGGAGGAGGGACUGGAGGAGUCUCUGGCUGCAGGCGCUGCCACUCAACCUUCUCCUGUGUUUUUGAGUUGGUGCGGCACCUCAAGAAAUGCUAUGAUGACCAGCCCCCUGAAGAGGAGGAGGAAGAAGCAGAGAGAGGAGAAGAGGAGGAAGAAGAAGUGGAAGAGGAAGAUGCAGAGGAGGAACAGAGCCUUGAACCCCCAGCAGCACCUGAGGGUCCAUCACCAGAACCUCCAGAAAGGGAGGAGCUGAGCCCAGCAGAGACAACAAAGCCGGGAGGCAAAGAGCCUGAAGGAAAGCCUCCUUCCUCACCUACCCCAGUCCACACCUGUGACCAGUGCACCAUGUCCUUCCCCAGCCAGGAGCUCCUGACCAACCACCAGAGACUCCAUUUCCUGCCAUCUGUUCAGCCCAGUGCACCUCCCCACCUCCUAGAUCUGCCCUUGCUGGUAUUGGGGGAGCGUAAUCCCGUGGUGGCAGGUGUUCCACCAGUGCCAGGGCCACCCCACAAACGGAGGCAUGAGGAUGGCAGCCUGUCCCCCACGGGCAGUGAGGCAGGGGGUGGAGGGGAGGGCGAACCCCCCAGGGACAAGCGCCUGCGCACCACCAUCCUGCCCGAGCAGCUAGAGAUCCUGUACCGCUGGUACAUGCAGGACUCCAACCCAACACGCAAGAUGCUUGACUGCAUCUCCGAAGAGGUGGGGCUCAAAAAGCGAGUGGUACAAGUCUGGUUCCAGAAUACCAGGGCCCGGGAGAGAAAAGGCCAGUUUCGAAGCACCCCUGGGGGGCUGCCCAGUCCAGCAGUCAAACUCCAUGUCCCACCCACACCUGCACCCUUCCCCAAGUUCAACCUCUUGUUGGGCAAAGUAGAUGACGGGACUGGGAGGGAGGCCCCAAAGAGAGAAGCACCUGCAUUUCCCUACCCCACCGUCACCCCUGCUCCUGGGUCCCUGCCUUUCAUAACACCUGGGAAAGAGGCCACCACCCUGACACCAGAGCCACCCCUACCUCUCCCACUUCCCCCUCCACCCAGUGAGGAUGAAGGUCCAGAGGAACCCUCUAAAGCUUCUCCAGAUAGUGAGGCUUGCAGUCCUUCUGCAGGGGAUCUAAGUGAUUCAUCUGCUUCCAGCUUGGCUGAACCAGAGUCCCCUGGGGCUGGAGGGACCAGUGGGGGUCCAGGAGGUGGGCCUGGGCUUCCAGAUGGAAUGGGACAGCGGCGCUAUAGGACGCAGAUGAGCAGCCUGCAGUUGAAGAUCAUGAAGGCCUGCUACGAAGCCUACCGCACGCCUACCAUGCAAGAGUGUGAGGUGUUGGGGGAGGAGAUUGGGCUGCCCAAGAGGGUCAUCCAAGUCUGGUUCCAGAAUGCCCGUGCCAAGGAAAAGAAGGCCAAACUGCAGGGGGCAACAGUUGGGGGGGCUGGGGGCAGCAGUGAGGGCCCCUUGGGAGCCCAGCGCACAGACUGCCCCUACUGUGAUGUCAAAUAUGAUUUCUAUGUCUCCUGCCGAGGCCAUCUCUUCUCCCGCCAGCACCUUGCCAAGCUCAAGGAGGCAGUCCGAGCCCAGCUGAAGAAUGAAAGCAAGUGCUACGACUUGGCUCCGGCACCUGAGGGGCCCCCAGUCCCCAAGGCCCCACCAGCCUCCACACCUGCCUCCAUGCCCCUUGGGGCUGCCCCAGCCCUGCCUCGCCUGGCCCCGGUUCUCUUGUCUGGCCCACCUCUGGCCCAGUCCCCACUGGGCAGCUUGGCUACUUUCAGUUCAGGCCCCGCAGCCUCUUCAGGCCUCCUUGGCCUUGCCACUUCGGUCCUGCCUGCUACCACAAUGGUCCAGCCUGCUGGCCCAGGCCGCCCCUUACCUCAAAGACCCAUACCCGACCAAAUCAACACCUCGACAGGAGGCACCAGUGACCCAGUCCUGGGCCCACCUACUGAGCCCUCAGGGGACAAGGGAUCUGGUGAGCGAAAGCCAGUUGCAGCCCCCACCAACUCCUCCACUGAUGCCCUCAAGAACCUCAAAGCAUUGAAGGCCACUGUCCCAGCCCUGUUAGGGGGCCAAUUCCUGCCCUUCCCACUGCCCCCUGCAGGGGGGGCAACACCACCAGCUGUCUUUGGCCCCCAGUUACAGGGGGCCUACUUCCAACAGCUCUAUAGUAUGAAGAAGGGGCUAUUUCCCAUGAACCCCAUGAUACCUCAGACCCUCAUUGGGCUGCUCCCCAAUGCCCUCCUCCAGUCACCACCCCAGCCUCCCGAGCCCACAGCCACAACACCUCCAAAGCCUCCUGAACUGCCUGCUCCAGGAGAAGGGGAGGCUGGUGAGACCGAUGAGCUGCUGACAGGCAGCACUGGCAUCUCCACCGUGGACGUGACCCACCGCUACCUGUGCCGCCAGUGCAAGAUGGCAUUUGACGGGGAGGCCCCAGCCACUGCCCACCAGAGAUCCUUCUGCUUCUUUGGGCAGGGCCCCGGGGCUUCCAUGCCCCCCCCACUGCGGGUGCCCAUCUGCACCUACCACUGCCUGGCAUGUGAGGUGCUGCUGAGUGGACGUGAAGCCCUGGCCUCCCACCUGCGCUCCUCAGCCCACAGGCGCAAGGCAGCCCCGCCCCCAGGGGGCCCACCCAUCACCGUCACCAACACCGCCACUGCUGCCACGGCAGCUGUGGCUUUUGCCAAAGAGGAAGCAAGAUUACCUCACACGGACUCCAACCCAAAAACUACUACUACCUCUACACUUCUAGCUUUAUAAACAGAUAAACCAAGAUGGGGGGACAGGGGAGGGCCUCAGGGCUCCCUCUUUUACCCAAAGGGUAUCCGGUGGGAGCUCAAAUUCCUCUCCCCAGCCCUCAGCUCUGCCCACCUCAUGGGAAUCUUUCCAUUCCCACCCUCAGUGGGCUUCACACACCCCACUUCCAGCAGAGUCCUGCCUCCUCCCCCUACCCCCACAGAUACACACUCUAUCCCAACCCUCAGCUUCUUGCAGAUGUACCCUUUGCCCUUCCCUGUGUCUUCAUAGACACACCCACCCACCUUGCCAUUCCGAUUAUUUGUACGUAUCUGCCCUGCCUACCCCAUUACACACAAUCUAUUCUUGGUUCCAUCUUCCUACAACCUUUUCCCCACUGAAUUCCCACCUACCCUUCCUCAACUCCUAUAAACUCAUACACACAUGCAUAUACCUGUUGUUCCACUAACAGAAACACCAAAAAAAAAAAAAAAAGAAAGAAAAGAGAAACAAAAAAAAAAGAAGAAGAAGAAAGGAAAAAGACAAAGAAGGGGGAAGGAAAACAAACCUUGCCACACCUUCUUCUCCUUUGUCUAGAGCACCAUACAAACUCUUUCCAAAUACCCAGUUGGCUCCCAAGUUUGGAGCCUGGGAUGGGCAGGGAGCCCACAAAACUCUAACCAAACUGGAGUUUGGCAGGGGGAGAAGGGCUCCCAGCUCACUCUCCUCACACCCCUCCCUCCUAACCCUCUCCUCGCUGACAGCAGGGGAACAUACGGCCUGGACUCUAGGGGAAGCCGUUGCCAGGAUCCCCUCUGCCGCCCCCCACCCUGCACCCUGGGAACUGCAGUAACUUAUUCUCAAAGGCUUUAAACAGAGAUCCUCUCAGCAGCCGUGGGCCUGCCCCCUGUCCCAGCCCUGCCACCUGGGGGUCCAGCCUCCAGGACCGGUGAUGCCCACCAACGGCAAAUCCAAAGUUCUUUUUAAAAAACUGACACACACACACAACCAAAAAAAAAAAAAACGAGAGCGAGCGAGAGAGAGCGCACUUGCGCACAAAAGAGAUGGAGAGA